CAGUCCGCGCGUGAAGGCACCCGUCAGUCGCGCGCCGGACAAUCGUCAUACACGAUAUCCACACGGAACACGCGCCGAACACACGCGGCCACUUAUCAUCGAUCCGCAACCGUGCGUUAUCGCGCGCCGAUAAACCGAAUCGUAUAUGAUAUCGUUUUUUUUUUUUUUUUUUUUUUUAAACACCGCCAUUACCCGAACCCGCCGGUGGUUUUUCGCUCGUUCUGUGAUAUUAUUUUGUUUUUCUCGUUCUGCCGGUCGUAAUCGUUGUUUCGUUCGUUCGUUCUCGACCGCCGACCGUACGACCGUCGUUGCCCGCGAGGAUUUUUUCGUUGGUUUUUUUUUUUUUUUUCCUUUCCUUUCUUCGUCUCGCGUUCGUCUCCCGUGCCCUACUCGUACAACCGCUGUCGUCUCCGGUCGUCUCUCGAUUUUCCGCCCGGUCUUGCGCCGUUAUUAUGCACGCGUCGGGCAACCGCCGCCACUGAAUCUCGUUGACUGACGACGACGACGACGACGACGACGACGACGACCGCGACCGCGACCGCUACCGCAGCUGCGACUGCGACGCCGACCUCUGCGAUGAACGCGAUCAAAACGACGACGACACGGCCACCGCGGUCGCUGCUUCUGUUGCUGGUGCCGCUGCUGUUGGCCGCCGUGCCGACCGCGUCCGGUUACAGGGCGGUGCGCACUUCCGGCCCUCUGCCGGUGACCGUGCAUGUCCGGGCCGGUGGCGUGGUCGCUGGUGGCCCGGCCGCCAACAGGACUACCGGCGGUGCAGUGGUCUUCCCGGCGUCCGUGCAGGCGUCGCCGACCCCUGCGGCGGUCCCGACCUCCGCCGCCAACGCCGCUGCAGCCGCGGCCGCUGGGUUCACGUCGUUCUCGACCAGCAGCUCGGCAUCCAACCACACCGCGGCCCGAAACCAGACGAGAUCCGAACGACUCAGAGCCAGGGAACAAUAUCUGUUCAACGUGUUCGAAGUGAUCGUGUCCACGCUGGAGACGAAACUCCAGCGAAUAGAGAACCUGGACAAGGCCGUGGAGCACCUGAUGCGCCGCGUGGAAGCUCUGGACUCGCGGGUGACCAACAACAUCGACAAGACGGAAUCAGUGAUCGGUAAGCUGCGAUCGUUAGACACGAAGCUGUUCCAGAAGGAGCCGGGCACCCUAGGCCAUCACCUGGAGACGCGUUUGACGACACUGGACCGAAAGGUGGGCGACAUCGACACGAAGCUGGUGGGCCUGAAGAGCCAGCUGGACAACAAUUUUCUGGGGCCCGCGGACGACAUCAACGCGGAGGCGAGCGAAAAGAAACCAGUGAAUUUGCACCACCACCAGGGCGCCGGGCCGGACGUGUCGAAGCUGCUGAACGCGCAGCUGGACACCAUCCGGGGCAACACGGCCAGCAUCGACCGGAAGCUGCAGUUCCACAUCAACAUGGUAUCCGACGGACUGGGCAAGAUCAUGGGCAUGGUGACGGACGUGCACGGCGCCAUCGUGGAGCAACAGGACGGCGGCCGCGGGCGGCCGGGUGGUAACCGGACGAGCACCACGACGGCGGCUCCCGAACGGAGCAACAAGAUCGACCAGCUGGUCAGGCAGAUGCACCCGAUACUGAGCGUCAGCGAGAAGAUGGACGAGGUGUGGAACGUAGUGGUGGGCACCAAGAGCUCGGUGGAUGACCUGGUGCCCAAGUCGGACGAGCUGCUCACGCAGACGCAGCGCCAGGAGCGAGCCAUUAGCGACAUACACGACGAUCUGCGCAUGAACACCAACAAGAUCAUCGCCAACCUGGACGUGGUGGAGCGCAGGCUCAAGAAGCAGGAGGAUGACGUGGUCUCGUUGGCCCAGCGGCCGGUGCCUGCGGAGAUGCUGCGCUUGGACCCGACCAUCGACGAGUACGCAAGGUACGACGAGCAGCUGUCCGAGUCCACGCCCUUGGCCGCCGCUUCCGUGUCGUUCACCACGCCGCCGUCCACCAGCGUCGGCGGUUCCUCCGGUCCCACAUCCGGUGCACCACCGUCACCGGACCAGCAGUCACAGUUCCAGGCGUCCCGGAACGCUCCUCAGAAGAACAGGGGCGUGGUGUUCCCGAGCGUCAAGAACAAGCCGCCACCGGCCAACAUCAGCUUCUUGACCGAACAGUUCAACCGCGAGGUCAAGAUCAUCGAUCUUAUUGAUUUGCAAAUACCGGACACUAUAUAUAGUAUAGUAUACGUUGUAUACCGUAUUAUCAGUGGUGUACCGGGUCAUGAGCAACGGGUCCAUGAAUUUAGGGAGCCCGUCAAGGAAUGUUGA